AUGAGCGAUAACCCAUACUAAUUGUAUCCUCAUUAAGAUCCAAAUCUCGAGACUCCUUAGCCUAAAUAGUAAUCUAGAUCUAGGAUGAUGGAUGGAAGCAUUAGUGGUAUAAAUCAAUCAGAUAUAGUGAAACAGCUUUAGACAAACCAAGAUGACGAAACUCCAAGCAAAGUUCAAACUUCUAAUGUAUUAGAAGAUGAACACAUAGAUAAUGGCGAAAAUUUGAUUACUGAGCAUCUUAAUAAUGCAUAGGCAAAUUAUCAGCUACCUGGUUAGAUUCAAUCUCUAAAUGGAAAAAAUUAGCUAGGAGCUGCUAAAAACUAUGGGUUUAAACUUCCUCUUGAUUAGAUUUAGAAAGCUUAACAGAUUUAAAUAUAAGCAUCUCAAUUUGAUACUGAACGCUCGCUGCAUUUUGAAGAAACAGACUUCACAAAUUAAAAUUUAUUAAAGUCAUCAGAAUUGUCAAAUGGAUAGCCCCAAACCCCUUACAAUAAUUUAAACGGAUCAAAUUUCAAGUCAUCUGCAGGCAAGCAAUCACAAUCUGUCUCAUAUAACCCUGUUAAGAGAAUACCUAUUCCUGUUACUCAUGCCAAGAAUGAAAGUGCUUUAGCAUCUUCCAGUCCUUUCGUAUUUAGAACUGGUCAGAGUUACAUUGGAGUCUCCCACAUGUUAGCUUCUGGCUUUUCAAAAUUUUAAUCACCUAGAAGAAGUCCUCGUCAUAACCCAACAAGCGAUUAGGUAUUACAAAAUAGUAAGCAAAAUUAUUCUACAAAUUUUAGUUAUGCUCAGCCAGAUGAGCAUCAAUCUGAAACACAAAAAACUCUCAUUACUUCUUAAAUAAAUUAUCCUUUAACAACAAGAGAUGAAAUUUCUGAUGUGAAGUCAAGUUUCACAAAAAUGACUACUUCAAGAGAAGAACACGCAAGAUAAAAAUUGAUUGAAAGCUCAAAUUAAUCUGCAAGACUUUUUCAAACUAUUAUAAGGCUUGAUUCUGAAAUUAAAAAAUUAAGAAAUGAACCUAUUAGAGGUGCUUCAAAGGAAAUAGCUUAAAAGUUAAAGUUUGGUGAAGAAAACUCUUAAAAUAAAUUAGAAGAUUCUUCUGUUAAUGGUAAAAGUAAGGCAAGUAGCAUAACAAACUUAGCAGAUGAUAAUGGAAAGGGAUUAGAUAUAGAGGAAAUACUGCAUCAAAAUAAAUAAUUAAAAAAAGAUGUAUAGGAAUUAAGAUAAUAUAAAAUAUAAGCAACUCAAGCUCACGUUCUAUAAUAGAUAAAUAAAGAUUUAGUUAAAACAAGAGAAAUAUUAUCAUCAGAAAAUUAAAGCUUGCAAGAAUAACUCAUGGAUUUAUAAGGUUAACUGUAGUAAAUAAGAGCAGACUAUGACCAAUUAUAUGACUAAUAUGAUAAGUAAUAAGAAUCGUUCAAGAGUUUGAGAGUAUCUACACAUGACCAUGAUGAAUUUAUGCAAAUGAAAAACAUAGCUAAUGAAGCCUCAAAGGAGAUCGAUCAUUAUAAGCAUCUUGUUUCAUAGAAAGAUGUGGAAAUUGAAAACUUAAAAAAGGAUAUUAAAAUUGCACAAGAAGAGAAAGAAAACAACUCUCUGAGUGAAUCUACUAAAUAACUAAACCAUAGAAUUAAUGAAUUGACCAAUCAAAUCAGAGAUUUGCAGGGUGAAAAGCUAGCUCUUAUUGAUUAAAUAGAGAGUAUGCAAAAGGAAAUUCUUUAAGUAAGUUAAGAAAAUAAAGAUCUCGAAAAGAGACUCAAAGAAACUAUUUCUUAUCUGGAUGAAAAGAGCGAGAAGUUAGCUAACAUGAAAACUUAGUACGAGGCCAAUUGGAAAGAGCUUGAAAUAUUAAGAGACGAACAAUAGAAGUUAAAAAAUAAAAUUACUUAAUAUGACGACAGAAUGAAGAUUUUUAAUUUACUUAAGUCAAGUGAUGAAGAUAGCAUUUUGAAAAUGAAUUGCCAACUUAUUUUAAGAAAAAAUGCUUUUGACAGAUACAUGAUUCAUAUUGAAUCUGUUUCUGAGAUCACAAUUCUUAUGGCCACUGAUGUAACAGAUUUGAUCCCUUCUAAAAACGAGAACCCUUCAUUCUAAAUCGGAUUUAGAGGACAUUCAAAUAAAAAGCAUGUAGCAACAUUUGAGGCAAAUAGUAGAUAAGAAAUGGCUGCAGUCUGUAAAGCACUUAAGUAAAUUAUAUUAAUAAACACACUAAAUAAAUAAAUAAUCUAAAUAUUAAAAAAAGGCAAUAUCUUAUAUCAGCUUAAAGCUCUUCAACUAAAUCUGUUUCGUCUUCUUCCUCAUCUCCAAAUAAAUAAAUUAGAGUAGAACCAAAUAAAGAUUUCUUAAGCUCAAUAGCAACCUUCUUUUGAAGAAAAUAAGAAAAAAUAAUCAAUAAAUUAAAAUUUAAUAGAAAUAAUAAUAAAAUAACAAUAGUCAUCAACAUCAUUAAUAAAAUUAUACAAGCAUUAUUUAGUUUAAUAAAAAGCUAUAAAAGUGAAGAAUUAAUUGCCAUUAAAUAAUGGAAGUAUUUAUAUCAAAAAAAAUAUUAUUUUAAUGUUUAAUAGAACAAAUAAAUAAAUUAUCAACAAUUAACUUAGUAAAGAAGAUUAAAAAAUAUAUAUAUUUACAAAAUAAUUAAUGAUUUCAUCUAUAAAUAUAAACUUGCUAUAAUCAACUAAAAGACCACAAAAAUAGUAGCAGCCUGCCAAAUAAUUAAUAUAACCAGUAUAAAAUAAUUAAUCUAUAAUUAAUAACAUGUAAAAUUUUAAAUUAAAAACAAGUUAAUACCAAUUUAUUUUUAUGUAUAAUUUGCUACUUAUCUAUCUAUUUACCUCUUAUAACUAUUUAUUUCUUAAUUGCUUGAUAAGCAUCCUAACAAUAAAAAUCCUAAUUAAUUUUCCACUCUGUUUUUUGUAUUUUUUCUAAAAUUAAAAAAUAUAAUUUCUAUCCCUAUAAAUAUAUAUUUAUUUUGUUUAGAUUUAGAAAAUAUCUAUUUCAAAUGCUGCUCAAAAACAAUAUUUUAUUAAAAGUAUUUAUUUCUAAUGUAUUUUUCUUAAAUUUUACUUUUAAUUUAUUUUCAUUCAAAAUAUGAAAUAAUUAAUAUACUGUUAAAUAUUAGUUUGA